ACAAAGCCCCCCGCUCGGCUUCCCAGCUCCAGCAAGCGCUGGCGGGGAGAGCAGCCAGGCGAGAGGGGAGGUGGCUAAAGCCCGGCUAAUCCCCCAAGGAGCCCUGACUGGCAGAGAGCUGCCUUUUCUUCCCUUCUGUGUGUGCACGUCCGUCUGGCUCUCCUCUGCGCGCCGCUCCGCCUGCCUCCUCUUCCCCUGCAGCUCGCCGGAGACAUUGCCACGGUCGCCUGCGAACUUGGGGAAGGGGGGAGCGGGGCAGGAGGAGUAACCAAGCGCCGAGGAGGAAAAAAAAUAAAACCGGGGGGGGGGUUUGGGAGGGGGAGCUGGGUCCUCUGUCCGCAUCUCGGGCAGGCGGCGGAGCUGGCUUGGGAACAGACGAACCGGGGAGAGAAGAGAUGAGCCCCCAGCUGUCCAAGAGGUGGAUGAAGAGAAGCCCCCCGUGAUGGGGUCCUGCAUGUCCCAAGCUGCAGAAUUCUUCGCAAGUGCUCAGAAGGAAUAUUCCAUCACCAGCCACCCACAGUGCCCUCCUUCCACCCACCAUGACAGUCAGCAAGUGCCCGCAGCUGCCCUGGAGAAAGACAACAGCAAGGAAAACCAGAUGGAUUUCUGCUGGGACCCUGUGCAGAAAUGUUUCAAGACAUCCAGUGGGAUCCUCUCGGAUUCCAAAUCCGGCUCCAGCGAUUACAACGUCACAGCCCUGGCAACCUCCUCUCUGGUGGGGUUAGUCCAGACCAUAAAGGACCACAUCACCAAGCCCACUGCCAUGGCUCGCGGCCGGGUGGCCCACCUCAUCGAGUGGAAAGGCUGGAGCGCCCCCCAGGUGGGCUGCGAGCCGUGGCUGACGGAGGAAGAGCACUAUUCCUACCUCACGGACGAGCUGAGGGAGGCACGCUUUGCAGCAGGGGUUGCUGAACAAUUCGCCAUCACCGAGGCCACCCUGAGUGCCUGGUCCUCGCUAGAUGACGAAGAAAUGAAUUAUGGGGACAGCUCCCAGGAGAUCGUACAGCUUCAAGACCUGGAGAGCAUCUACCUGCAGGAGAAGCUGCUGCUGAGGCCCCAGGUGAUAAGUAGCCCCAACCUGGAAGGCAGCCUGCCCGCCUGCUCCUCCUCCACACACACCUCCCCCAUACCCUGGGUGCACUCCGGAGUGGACAGGUGGAACUCGCCCCACCCCUUCCCUGGGGCUCUCCUCUGCAGCUCCCCCCAGACCAGGAGCUCCCAGGCAGACAGCUUGGAGAAGGAGCAGGCCUGCGUGGGGAGAGAACAGGAGAGCACGCGGCUCAGCAACUCCCUGCACUACGUGGACAGCAGCUCCCUCUCGGAGGACGAAGUGUUUUAUAACUAGGUCCUCCGCCCCUCCCCAGGACAGGAAGGGGGACGGGGCAGCCCUGAGGAUGGAGCAAGGGGCCCUGCCAAGGUGGCUAGUUCCAGCUCUGGAUGCUGCUGGGAGCAGGGAUUAGAAGCCGUCUACUGGUUGACACCAAUAGCAUCUCUCCGAAUGGUGACCGCUGGGGCAGCCUGGAGGGCCGGGGCUGCUGGGCCCUUUAGAGGCGGCAUUCACUGGACUGGCGCCAUUUGCACCAAAGUCUGGGGCUUGGAUUGAUUUUCCUUCGGCCAAGGCUGCUGAGCUGCGUUGAGGAGAAUCGCUGCAAGACCAAGACCCAUUCCGUCCCCCGGUGGGUUCCCCAAGGGCUGGGACAGCGGGGGAGCAGGGGAAGCAUCCACAUCCAAGCAUGUCCAGUGUCUGUGCUUCAGCCAGCAGCCGGCCACCCGCAGUGCUCCCAGCUAGCCACGUGGGCGUGUGGUCUGUGUGCAAGCCGGCACCCACAGCCUUGCUUUCUUGUCUCCAUGUAGUUCGGACGAGCUCCCAGCCGGCUUAACAGGGACGCGUCUCUGUGCUCCCCCCUGCAAUUCCAGCUUGCUGCAGAGCCACUCAGGGCCAGGGGCUUUGGUGUUUGGCUAGCGAGCAGCUGGCUUGUACUAGGAAGUCACCCUGGUCUCUGAGGCUAGGCGUUUCAAAGGCACCUAAGGGGGUUAGGUACCCAAAUUCCAUCGAGGCAGGCGGCUGAGGAUGUCUAAUUCCCAUAAGCUCCUAAAGGCGGAAAUGCUACAAACUCAGUCAGUUUGGUACUUCCUCUCUACAGGACUGUAGUUAAUUGCAGGGCCCAGCUGCCAUGUGGAUGCUAGUUACGUCCUUCAGCAACAGCCAUGCCCCCUCACUGCGCUGCAGUCUUGGGUAGGGCUGGGCCAUAGUGCGGUUCGGGGACCGUGGUGACAACGGGGUCAACCUCGACUACACGCCAGGCCCUUCCUCCAGCCAGCCCCACCCCCCACCCUUGCUGUGCACAGCUGCCUUUGGUUCUCUGACCUCAAUGCGCAGGCCCUACAGCUGCCCCCCCCCCCACACACACCCGGACACAUAUCUCCAGUUUGCGGGGACAGGAGGAAUGAUACAAAUGAGAAAAAUCUCAGCUAGCCCACUGUUGGGAGGGGGAAGAGGGGACAGGUAAAUGUUAUAUAUUAAUUGAAAAGACUUCGUAUGUUGGCACCGCUACACCUGGCACCUUUGGCAGGUUCCCGCCCAUCGCUCAGGGCAGGGGCUGCAUCCCACGGGUUUUCCUCCCAUGCAGGGGGCUUCUGUAAAGCAGGCGGCUGGAACGUGCAAUGACUGUUGCUGCUGGAUGCCGCUGCCUCCCCUUAGGGCUGCUCCUAAGCCCACCUCCCUUCAGCCAGCCACUGCCCAGCCAGCAGAGCGGGCAUCAUGCCUGGCACUCUGUGUUUUGUCACCUAGCUGGUUCCUACUGUUGCAUGGAGACUGUGUGCACCUUGGCAACGCUUCCUGCGUCAGCGGGGGCAAGGGGAGCGGGUCCUCUGGGGGCUGCAACAGCUGUGACGCCUUUUCCCCACUGCGUUCUGUGUCUCCAGAGAAAUACAAAGGAUCAAGAGCUCCGCCCCUGCUGGCCCUCAUCUCUGAUUUACUGCGCGCCGUGACUGGGAACAAGGGAUUUCAAAGGAGGCCCCCCCCUGCUGUGUAGGCCACAACAGCCUGGCUGCUCUAGGGACAGGCAAGGGGUGGUCCAGCUCCUCAGGGCUCCUGGCUUACCCUGCACUCUUGCAGUUAGGGAGCAAUUGCACAGUGAGGGCAGCACGUCAUGUUACAGGAGAAUUCAACGCAGGCAGGUCUGUGAUGAACCCAGACGUACACGGCAGGAGCCAGGCCCUUUCGCUGCCCGAAGCACAAGCCCCGAGCCCUUGAGCUCAAGGAGCAUCUCUCCUAGGGCUUGCUAAGUAGCAGACUCU